AAUUUUAUAAUAAAAUUUAAAAAGAUUUUAUUUUGUAUAAUAAAAGAAAGCUAAGAAAUUAUCUUUAUCAAGUAAUUUCUCAUGUUUGAUGAAUUUUAAAAAUGUAUCCUCCAAUUGGAUUGGCAAUAUGUAACAGAUAAUGCAUUCACGAAUGAAACGCUACGAUUCUUCGGCAUCGGAACUCAAAAAUCAUAACAUGUUGAAUGAAUUCAGAAUUCUUAGCUGACAAAACAUAUACUCGAUGAAUCGUAAAAGAAUCAUCCUUGUGUUCAUUUUUCAUGGCUUCGAUAAGCCAUGGAUGAUACAUCAUCGAAGAAUCUUCCUCAUCUUUCUAUCCCUUGUGAUACUCGUAACAUGUAUCCCUUGUUACGAAAGUCGUGCCAGGAAUACUCCAAAUACUCAGAAAUUAAUUAGAAAUAGAGAAAUAUAUAAGUUGUAUGAAAAUAAACCAUCAUCCAAUUAUAUAGAAAACAAUUGGAGGAAAAAAACUCUUCAAUUUGAACAAAAUGAUGAGAGAUGGGAUUCAAUAUCUAUUCAAAAGGAAAAUACUUAUAUACAUGAAUUUCCAUCUGUUAAUUUUAUAUACAAUAAUACAAGAAAUAAUCGAAUAUUAAUGUAUAAUGAACAAAGUUUAACACAUAAAAGAUUUAAGAGAGGUGUUAUACAUUUAUAUAACAUGGUAGUAUGCGCUACUGGAUGUAAUCCUUUAGCUUAUAAAGGAUAUGGAUGUUAUUGCGGUUUUUUGGGCUCAGGAUAUGUAAUAGAUGGAAUAGAUAGAUGUUGUAAAAUGCACGAUUGGUGUUAUGACGCUACAGAAUGUCCAGUAUUUUCAGGAUACUUUAUACCAUAUUAUUGGAGAUGUUAUCGUGGUCACAAACCAGUAUGCGCUGUUGAACAUGGAAGCUGGGGAGGCUCUGGAUCAUGUGCUCAACGAUUAUGUGAAUGUGAUCGUUCAUUCGCCGAAUGUUUAAAACGUUAUCCCUGUCCAACAACCAAAGCUGUAUGCACUUCUUCACCUUGGAGACUUGUACAAAAUCUUUUUAUGAUUAUGUAAUUAUUGGCAUAAAAUUGUGAAACGGUACUUAAUUA